AUGACGAGCUCUGCAACGGAGAGCCAGUCUCUCAUUGCUGCGCAGCCAUGGGAGACUGCGAAGGCGCGCUUCCUCGACGGGCUCUCGGAAUCGGAAAGGUUCUUGUUCAACUCUGCCACGCUGGAAAACCUCUUCUACCAGUCGUCGGGGACUUUCGAGCGCUUCAAGAAUGACAGCAAAUUGUGGAGGAUUCAGCUGAAGCUCCAGCCGCUCUUGGACGCCGUCGAAGAGUACGGGAGGGCGUUGGACGUGUUCAGCAACACGUCUUCACUAGUUCUGGGCCCGCUGUGGGGGAGCUUGAGGGUUGUAAUUCAACUUGCUCGAGGCUUUGGAAGAUACUUUGAGCGACUCAUGGAUAUUUUCGCUCAGAUCGGGGAUAACCUUCCCCGAUAUCGUGUAUACGAGCGACUGUUUCCACAGCACGACCGGCUUCUUGCGGCCCUGGCAAAUGCGUAUUUGGACAUUAUCAUCGUCUGCGUGGAUGCCAAGGAGCUCUUUGGCAAGGCCAAACAGUCCUCAGUAACCUGGGCGGUGAUUGGCAAGGUGCUAUGGAGAACUUUCGAAAAGAAGUUCUUCGACGAACAACUCGCCCAGUUCCAACGCCACCAGGCACUGAUCGAGAAGGAAGCAGGCUUGUCACAUAUGAUCGAAGCGAAGCAAUCUCGAGAACUCAGCAAGGCUAGCCAGGCCGCCCAAGAGAAGAGUAGGCGAUACGCUCGACGUCGGCAGCUGCUUUCAGUCCUGUCGACCGUCGACUAUGCCGCACAGCACCAACGGUUGCGACAUACUCGCCAUCCGGGAACUUGUAAUUGGCUGCUUCGAGCCGAGCCGUUUCAAUCAUGGCUUCACGAAGAGCACUCCUCAUGCUUUGCACUCUACGGAAUCCCAGGCUCCGGGAAAACCGUCCUUUUGGCCAGCAUUGCCGAAGAGCUCACCCCACUCUUGGACGAACCGCAUGCUUGCCUUUGCUACUUUUACUGCGACUAUGCCGACCCGCAGAGUCUUGACUUGGCUGUUCUUGUUGGAACACUUGUCAGGCAACUGCUUGCAAAGGUUGAGAUACCACGGGACGUUGAGGCCCAGAUCACGACCAUGUGUGAGCAGGGUAUCACGCCUCCUCUACAUGCCGUCCUCGACAUGCUCGAGCGCGUUUUAAAACUGUACUCUACGGUUUUGAUCGUCGUGGAUGGUAUUGACGAGCUGCCUCGAGAAUCGCAGUUUGCCAUCGUACCUGCCAUCAAUUCAAUGCUCUCCGUGGAUACGACGUUGGUCAAGGUCCUAACCUCGUGCCGAGGUGAGGAAAAUGAUAUAAGAAGGGCACUUCGCGGCCCGAAGUUCUAUCACGUCGAGAUUUUGGACUCCGAUCUCUCUCACGACAUUCGUGUCUUUGUCAAAGAUCAGGUCGACGAACGCGUGAAGGAUGGCCGAUUGGUUCUUCGGAGCCCGGGACUCAAGGAAGAGAUUAUCAAUGCAUUAUCUGUUGGUGCCAAGGACAUGUUUCUCUGGGUGAGAUUCCAGCUCGAAGACAUAUGCGAAGCGGUAAACGACCACCAGAUACGCCAGACUCUUUUUAACCUGCCAAAGGACCUCAACGAAACGUACGCCCGUAUUUUGAAGAAGAUUUACAAAACGGGCAAGAACCGCUUCGAUAUUGCGUUGAGAAUGAUCAAGUGGAUACGUUGCGCGCACCGACCUAUGACGAUCGAGGAAUUGCGAGAAGCCGUCAGCUUGGAUUGCGAUCAAGCUCGGAUGGAUUUUGACAAACUGCCUUCCGGAGACAGCUUGCGGCUCAUUCAAAUGUGUGGAAACCUUGCGGUGCUGAACAGGGACGACAAUACCGUCCGCUUCGCGCAUCACACCGUUCAGCAGUUCUUGUUUGAUAAUGACCAAUGGCCCUCUCAGGUCUUUGACUUUCCUGUCAACCUACCACUCUCCACGUGCGUGACUGAAGCAGAAAUUGGAGAGCUGUGCUUGACCUAUCUGACCUUCUCGGAUUUCGAAACCCAGGUCGUGAAGCGCGAAACCGUCACGAUUCCGACAGGUUCGGACCUGCUGAACACUUUUGUUUACUCUCAAAUGCCGACUGCGAGCACAUGGGGCAAAUGGGCAGCAUCUGCGAUUUCCGGUUGGACUGAGGUCAGUGUGGACAGUCGGCCUGUGAUGCUUGACAUGACCAGCAUGAAACGCACCCGGCCAGCAUUGCGUGGCAUGUAUGACAAGUUCAAGCUUCUUGAGUACAUUACGCAUAACUGGACCAUGCAUGUUGCUCCAGCAAUCAAACUACGCGGAAGCAGUUCAGACAUGACUGUCCAAUCGAAGAAAUUCAUCUCAAAAUUGGAGGACGUCAUCUUCCGGCGACAAUUUCUGAUCGAUAUCAAACCAUGGGAAAGCCAAACCUACCGAGAUGAGCUAUCCGACUCAGAUCCCCAGCAUUUAGAUCUCUUCCGAUGGAUCAUUGAUGAAGAUGCUAUCGAGUUUCUGAAUGUUCUGCAGAGAACCUACGAGCAACCGCUGAUCCAGGAACUUUGCGAACAUGAGGUUCGAAGCGGCCGACAUCCUAUUCUUAGAGCAGUAAAAGCAGGAGCAUCGCGCGUCUUCACCGCAUUGAUCCUCAUUGCCCUUGACGAGUUCGGCAUCUCGGGUAAAAAGAUGGCAACGUAUCCCGGACCGGAAACGUUAGCUUUGAUAUGCGAUCACUGUUCCGAUUCGAUGUUUAACUCUGUUCGUGCUUUGCUGGAGCACAUCGUGAAUCAGUCAAGAUGGGGUAGCGAGGCUCGGGAUGGUUUGUACGCACUCUUGAAGGAUGCGAUCGAUGAUGGCAACGCUCGCCGGAUCCGCUUCCUGAUCGAACUUGGUGUUUGUAAAAACAGCACUGCAGGAGGAGAUUAUCCUGUGACAUCCGAACUGAUUGAGUUUGUGUUGAGCAGCAAGCAGGCUGCGAGCCUACUGACUUUGAUAUCGUUUCUGAACGGCGAGCUUGAAAUACAAGAGCUAUUCCAAACGGCUGUGCAGAAUGGCCACAGAGACAUGGCAGAGAUCAUGCUGUCUCAUACACAGAAGUGGGCCGGGUUGCGCCUUGCUGAAGCGAUUGAAAACCACGAUCGCGAUUCUUUCGAUCAGCUGAUUGCUGCAGGGACGAACGUCAACAAGGCUUGGUCUCUUGACGGUCCGGCGCUUUGUCUUGCCGUUCAGGCCGUUUCGGAGCCGUUCUUAGCCAAAAUUUUGACGUUCGAUGAUCUUCAGAUCGACGUGUGUGACGCACAAGGGAACAAUUUCCUCCAUUAUGUGGCGGUACUUGAUCUUGACGUGGCAUCGAUGAACGGCGGUGAUGUCGAAGAUGGAAUCGCCCGCCAUGUGCUGUACAACCCUGGCGUUCUGCACGCCCUGAACAAGAACGGGAGAACUCCGCUGCAGGUCGCGGAGUCUCAACGAGCCUACGUUGCAACGCAGUUCAUUAGCGGACUGCACAACGAGCAGGCAGCCGUCGAGGACUCCUCCAACACGUACGAAGUCCUCGCACAUUCACCAUGGAUGAAUCCAAAGACGCGAAAAAUCCUGAGCGAAGGCUUAGACGAUUCUCGAAAUGGCCCAGGUCGAAACAAGUUCGGUUACGACGUUCACGCUCAGCAGUGA